CAACCAUCACCCACGCUGUUUCUGCGAAACAACGAAACAAUGGCUGUCGUCGCACUACGAACAACAUAGUCACAAGUUACUGCAUCUUAUUCAAAGCAAGACUAAGCACUGCAUUCUAGUCUACAUCAUAGACUUCCACGUGCACAUUGAAUAUGUUUUCGUCUGCGUGUGAGAGGAGCUGGAGACAAACAGAGUCUCGACCAGGCAGUAGGCGGUCCGCACGUCUAUUGAUGAGGGUCUUCGCUCUAGUUGUGAUUACUGUGUGUUGCACUUUCAACCUUCCACACAACUGGACGAACGCCAAAUCAUUAGGCUGGAACAGUCGCUCUCUUAUGUCGUUAUCAGGGAACAGCUCUGUUAAUGAUUCUUGUCCCAGUCUGACAGCGUUGGAUCUCGACUGGAGCUCUCUUCAUCACUUGGGAUUGACGUAUUCGGACUUGGUGGAAAGAUGUGAUGUCGAGGAGCUAGAGAUAUUGGCCGACUUUGACUUGAGUUCUUCGGGUGUCAAUCAUUCUGUUUUGUGGGAGGAAUGCGACUUUGAGGAGGCUAAUCAUCCAGCUCUGUUUCUUGCAAUAUAUAUACUUUUAGUCAUUGUCCUAUUUGUUGGUCUGGCAAUUAUCUGUGACGACUUUUUUGUCCCAUCACUUGAAGCGAUUUCUGAGAGACUCGAUCUAUCUGAGGAUGUAGCCGGUGCUACAUUUAUGGCGGCAGGCUCGUCUGCUCCAGAGCUGUUUACGUCGAUGGCAUCAGUAGGCGUCACCAGCGAUGUUGGAGUUGGUACCAUUGUAGGGAGUGCUGUAUUUAACAUAUUGAUCAUCAUUGCGUUGUCUGCUUUGCUAGCUGGACAGGUCUUACUUUUAGACUGGAAGCCGAUGUUUCGAGAUUCUCUCAUCUACGCUAUAUCAAUUGGCUUAUUUAUUGUGUUUACAUGGGAUGGUGUUGUUGAACAUUAUGAGUCUGGUGUUCUGCUCGUCCUUUACAUCUUGUACGUUGUCAUCAUGAAGUUUAAUACUCGACUGAUGAGAUGCUUAUCAAGAUUAAGUUGUAAGGUUAGUCCUAGCGUAGAGGUCGUUAUUGAUGUAGAAAGAGAUAAGGAUGAUGAUGCUCAUUCAAAUCGUGACUUUCCACAUUCAUCUUUUGAGGAAUCUAGACGACACACUGUUGCUGUGGACCAGAGGCACCGCUUUGUUCAUUUGCGUGGACAAGAGUUGUCUGGAUCAUUUGUCAAUCGGCGACCAUUGUUAUCACAACAGCAUAUAGCCAACUUGUUCUCAUCUGCUGUUGCCAUUAAUGGAGCUCCGGGAACUGAAAUGUCUGCAUCAGCAGUGCAUCGUCGCAAUGAAUCCUCUAGACUGACAGGAUCGUUUAAUACCUUAAGACCAUCAGAUAACACUCAACGGAGGGGUAGUCAUCAAUAUCCUCUACAGAGUCGCAGCUUGUUCGGUAAAUCGCCAGUAGACAGUGACAAGGUUGCAAACAACACUCAACCACCAUCUAUAGCAUUAAGUCCAGUAGAUCUUUCAACGUCGAAAACUCUAGUACAAACGUUUGUUUCACCACCAGAUGAUGACGUAUCGGUUACUAGAACAGUAUCUAGCCGUGGUGGGUCAACGACCUCACUUAGAAGUUCAAUGCUCGAAGCUGGAAAGGUAGAUGAACAAAUCGAAUCUGAAGAAAAGAAUGAGAAGGAUGAGGAAUUGAAACCAUGUCCUUGUUUGCCUGCUAUCAGUGCACAGUUACCAUCAUCUGAUUCUUUGAAAUCGGCAUCCAAUAAAGGAGCAUGCUUUUGUCUGACAUUGUGGUUUAUUUUUAAGUGGAUCCUGUUUUUGAUAUCAUUUCCAUUUAUGUGUGUGUUCACGUGGACUGUGCCGCCAUGCAGUAAACCUGAACACAGGAAAUACUUCGUCGCUUCGUUUCUUAUGUCCAUUGUGUGGAUUGCUGUUCUCAGUUUUGGUGUGGUUGUUUUGGUAUCACGUGUUGGCUGCAUUCUUGAUGUUGACAGCUACACAAUGGGACUGGUAGUGGUUGCAAUAGGAACCAGUGUUCCAGAUGCACUCAGCUCUGUCUUAGUAGCUCGAGAUGGUUAUGGUGAUAUGGCAGUUUCAAAUGCUAUUGGUUCCAAUGUCUUUGACAUUAACUUGGGAUUAGGCUUACCAUUUCUUGUCAAGUCACUGAUCCAGGGUGGCAAGCCUAUACUUCUGCUAACUCCUGUUGAAUUGGUGGCCUUUCGACUUGGUCUCUACGACAUAAUACCACAUGCCAAAUUUGGAUUCAUUCUUUUGAUCAUUCUCAUCAUUGCUGUCAGUUCUUUUGCAAUCGUCAAGUUCAAGUUAAACCGCUUCAUCGGCGUUUUCUUCAUCAUCAUAUACUUCCUUUUCCUAUUCUACGCAUUUUGGCAAGACAUAAAAUGCUACAAAGGUCGGACCUGCUAGCGUACGUUGCACAGAGGAAUGAUAAGUGUACAAGUCUGCUAUAUAGCAUUACUGUAUAGCUUUAGUUAAACUUUUAAGGGUUUAAUGGAGCUUUAAUUAAUUAACUUCAUUAGUACGCAAUUACGACAGUUCUGUAUUUGCAAGCUGUAGAUUCUAGGAGGUUUACAGAUAUUUUGCAUGCAGGAAUAUACAGUCUUACCAUCGUUUUUACGUUAUUUUUAUUUUUAUUAACAAAAAACAAUCAUUCUCAAUGGCAACAUUCUAAC